AUGGCUUAUGCAUCUGCUUGUAGGACGACCAUCAUCCUACUCGCCGCCGUUUUAGCCGUGUUGGUCCUGCCAUCCUUAGCUUGUCGAAAGGCUCGAGCUCCGGCCCCGGCUCUGGCUCUGUCUCCGGCUCCGGCUCCGGCCCCGGCUCCGGCGCCCAUGCUAUUGUGCCAGGAUUGUGACUCGCGGUGUCAAUCGGCUUCGAUGUGCGAUGCCUACGUUGCCGCGGCGGGGUGCGGAAAUGCCUGCAGCGGCACGACGCCGGACUGCGAGCCCUGCAUGUCCGAGGUCCUCCAGUCCUGCACGGCCAGCUGCAACGAGGGCUGCACCAGGAACUGCGUUGGCCAGUGCGACUGCGCCGGCUCAUGCAGCCAAGCCUGCGGCGAAGGCGCCCGGAGUACAUGUCAGUACAAGUGCGUCUACUCCUACUACGCGGUCAAAUCAUGCCACGAAUGCCAGGACAGUGCCCGCACGCGGUGCACCGAUACCUGCAACACCGACUGCAAGGCCAACUGUGUCAGCAGCUGA